AUGGCUUAUAGGGUUAAACAUGUAAGUGAAAAAUUAAAGAAAUUAAAGACAGUGUUGUACAAGAUUCGCAAAGGCCGUUAUACCACCAGCAGUAACACAAACAAGCUAGCAGUCCCGGAUAUAUUAUGUGAUUUCGAUAUAAUUAUUGGCAGGGAAAAGGAUAUAUCAAGUUUAGUAGAUUUGUUAAUCACACCACCAAGCAACUCUGCUAAAUAUGAACGUCAACAAAUAUCGGUCGUACCAAUAGUUGGUAUGGGGGGACUCGGAAAAACGAGACUAGCUCAAUCAGUCUACAAUGAUCAAUCUGUUAUCAAACACUUCGAACUCAGAAUAUGGGUUUCUUUAUCUACUGGUUUUGAUUUAAAAGAGGUUUUAAGAGAGAUCAUAAGAUACAUUGAUACUAACGCUAAAUAUGAUGAUGAUUAUGGAAGUCUUCAGCUAAUGAUCAGACAAGUUUCUAAGAUGUUGAACGGGAAGAAGUAUCUGCUAGUACUUGACGACUUGUGGGGGGAUAUUGAGGGUCUAGACAACUGGGAACGACUACAACACAUUUUCAUGUGUGGUUCUCAUGAAAGCAAGAUCUUAAUCACUACCCGUAAAGUUGAUGUCGCAUCUAACGUCUUACGGAUUACCCCUGCAUAUCACUUGCAACAACUAUCAACAGAUGAGUGUUGGUCCAUUAUCAAGGAAAAGGCGUAUUUUCGUGGCGGGGUAUUGGAGGAUCCGAAAAUGGUGAACAUAGGAAAAGAAAUAGCAAGAACAUGCUGUGGUUUACCACUUGCUGCUAGAGAAUUAGGCAACAUUUUGUGCUCAAAAACAAAAGACUUGGAUCAGGCUUUAAUUAUCGAAGCCAAGAGGAGCAUCUAUUCUGCAAUGAAGUUAAGUUACGAUCGUCUGCCGUCAUCAGCUUUAAAACAAUGCUUUGCUUACUGUUCUAUAUUUCCUAGGGGUUGGGAGAUCGAUAGGGAAACUAUAAUUCAAUUAUGGAUGGCAGAAGGCUUUCUUGUACCAUCAAGUGGAGAGAUUUCAAUGGAGGAUGUUGGAAAUAAGUAUUUAAAUAUGUUGCUGUCCGAUUCUUUGUUCCAAAGUGCAGAAAACAAGGAUGAGUUAUCUGGCAUUCAGAAGUGUAAGCUGCAUGAUUUUGCACAUUAUCUAGCCAAGAAGGUGGUAAGUGAUUCUGAAACUCGACGUUUGGUUUUUGAUGAAGAUAUGCCAAGAAUGUUUCCAGAAGUGGCUGGUUCUAAAAAUAGAUUACGCACGGUUGUGGCUCUUGAAGCAGGAGACUGUGAUAAUAUUGAAAAUGUUUUUCGGAAUAGGAAUUUGCGUGUAAUAUGCUUGAGAGGUUCGUCGAUCCAAAAAGUACCGGCCUCGCUUUCAAAGUUGAGACAUUUACGAUAUCUUAACCUCUCGGGCUGUUCUAAUCUUGAUGUAUUGGAUGAUCAGUCUGUCAAUAGUCUUUAUAAUUUGCAGACAUUGGUAUUACAUGGCUGCAACUCGCUUUCGAAACUUCCAGAAGGCAUUGGAUCAUUGAGAAGCUUGAGGCACCUUGAUAUUUCAUACACAGGAAUAAAAAUACUGCCUACCUCAGUUACUAGUCUCCGGAACUUGCGAACUUUAGAUGUGUCCAAUUGCAGAGACUUUGAAGAAUUACCCGAAGACAUUGGAGCCUUGAAAGAUUUACAGUGCCUUGAUAUUUCACAUACAAAGGUGACUAAAUUACCCGACUCUAUCUGUUGUCUCACAAGAUUGGAGAAGCUUAGAUUGCACCCGUGUCCCAACCUCAAAGCUUUGCCUAGAGGAAUUGAAGCAUGUGCUUGA